UCAAUCGCUUCCGCAAAGAUGGCGGCGGCUGCGGGGAGAAGCGUUCGGCUGGCGGCUUGGGGCGGCAGGCUGCGGCGCGUGCUCGCGGCCGGACGACAAGCCGUCCCGCGUGCCGGCCCCGUGGCAGCGGCUGUGGCCGGCGUGGCCCUGGCAGGGGCAGGAGCGGCGUGGCACCACGGCCGCGUGAAAGCCGCUGCACGCGAGGGCAGCCUGACGGUGCUAGCGCAGAAAAAUGAUGUGGGAUCAGUAGAAAAACUUUCUCUACGUAAACAGCGGUUCAUGCAGUUUUCAUCCCUGGAGCAUGAGGGAGAAUAUUACAUGACACCCCGAGACUUCCUCUUUUCAGUAAUGUUUGAGCAAGUGGAGCGUAAAACACUAGUCAAGAAGCUGGCAAGGAAGGAUAUCGAGGAUGUACUAUCAGGAAUCAAAAUAGCACGCUGUGGAUCAACUUUUUUUAGAGACCUGGGUGAUAAAGGGCUAAUUUCGUAUACCGAGUAUCUUUUCUUACUUACAAUCCUCACGAAACCUCACACUGGAUUCCAUGUCGCUUUUAAAAUGCUAGAUGCAGAUGGUAAUGAGAUGAUUGAAAGAAAGGAGUUUGUUAAGUUGCAGAAGAUCAUAAGUAAGCAAGAUGACUUCAAGACAGUGAAGACGAAUGAGGCCGAAUCCCAGGAACCAGCAGUGAAAGAGCCUGGAAUUAACACAACCCUUCAAGUGCGUUUCUUUGGGAAAAGAGGAGAAAAAAAACUUCAUUAUAAAGAAUUUCGAAGGUUUAUGGAAAACUUACAAACUGAAGUUCAAGAAAUGGAAUUCCUUCAGUUUUCUAAGGGUCUGAACUUCAUGAGGAAGGAAGAUUUUGCAGAGUGGCUCCUUUUCUUCACUAACACUGAAAAUAAAGACAUCUACUGGAAAAACGUGAAAGAAAAGUUGUCAGUAGGAGAGAGCAUUAGUUUGGAUGAGUUCAAGUCAUUUUGCCAUUUUACAACGCAUUUGGAAGACUUUGCCAUCGCCAUGCAAAUGUUUAGCUUAGCUCAUCGCCCCGUGAGACUGGCGGAGUUUAAGAGAGCUGUGAAAGUAGCCACUGGACAGGAGCUCUCAAACAAUAUCUUGGACACCGUCUUCAAGAUCUUUGACUUGGACGGCGAUGAGUGCCUCAGCCAUGGGGAGUUUCUUGGAGUAUUAAAAAACAGGAUGCAUCGAGGUUUAUGGGUGUCGCAGCAGCAGAGUGUGCAAGAGUACUGGAAGUGCGUGAAGAAGGAGAGCAUUAAGGGAGUCAAGGAAGCCUGGAAACAAGCUUUUUAAGAAAAAGAUGUGUAGCAAUUACAUUGCUUGAAGUGCCAGAAUUUGUGACAUUUUUUUCAAAGAAUUAAUUUUCUCUAAAUCUUUAUUGAGUUGUGUUGUAAUGUAAAAAUGCCAUGUACUCAUUUUCUGGUUCAGGGAUUGAGGCGGGGGGCAGGGGGUAAAAUGUGUGCCACAGUGCGCAUGUGGAAGUCAGAGUCCAGCCUGUGGGAGUCAGUUCUCUCCUAUGGGAGUCCCAGAGAUUGAACUUGGGUCAUGAGCUAGCUUUGGCAUCAAGUGCUCUUAUCUAAUAAGCCCUCUAGCCAGCUCUGACUCAGUAAUUGCUUGGUAAAUUUUCAUUAAAGAAUAUAAUAAAAAGAACAGAAAGUAUUCCUUUACAGAAAUACACACCACAUUGUCAGAGGCCUGUAUGCAGAGUGAUGCUUUGGUAAGCUGGAGGCCGAGGCCUAUAGUAAGAGCUGGUGGGCUUCGUUCCCGCCUGGCUCCUGGCAGCCUGGCUAGCUUAUACCCCAAAAUAAUUACAUGGAAACUGUAUUCUUUUAAACACUGCCUGGCCCAUUAGCUCUAUCCUCUUACUGGCUAAUUUUCACAUCUUGAUUAACCCAUUUCUAAUAAUCUGUGUAGCACCACGAGGUGGUAGCUUACCAGGAAGGAUCUUAACCUGUGUCCAUCUUGGAGAGGAUAGCUAUAGUGUCUGCCUGAAUCUGCUUUUUUUCUCCCAGCAUUUUGUUCUGUCUACUUUGCCUAUCAAGCUGCUGGCCUAUCAAAGGCCAAAGAAGUUUCUUUAUUAACCAAUGAAAUUAACACGUAGACACAUGACCCUCCUCCAUCAGAGGCUGUCACUGAGCCCUUGGACACGAGAACGAGAGGUGCUUUCUAAAAGACUAAGCAAGCACCACCUGUGACAAGUCUCACUCCGGGCUUCCCUUGCCAUGUCCUGUCCUGUGUGACUGUUUCCUCUCUGUGUCCUGUCCUGUGUGACUAUUCCCUCUCUGUGUCCUGUCCUGUGUGACUGUGUGUUCUCUGCCUUGAAAAUAACCUGAGAGUGAUGGUGGCUUGUCUGGAAGCAGGAUAAAGUAUUGACAGUGAUACAGGAAAAAUAGGCUUUCUUCUAAAUUUUCUAUACUUUUGAGAUAUAAAUACAGUACCCUUUCUCCCAAACACAUAGGUUUGGGGGCUCAGCGUGCACAGGACACAGCUGAUACCACACUUUCUUAACACACACACACACACAAUGAUCAUAAGAGCAAGGUCUCAUAAAGGAAGAUAUAUUGGGCUAUGGGAAACAUGCAAGAUGGCACUAUAAAGUAGUUGGCAGUAAAAUAAAUAUGAAAUAAUGUUAUGGGGAAAUGUAUGUAUAUGUUUAUGUAUGUGUGUACAGGUGGGCAUAUAUAUGUAUGUGGAAGCCCCUACUCCUAUAAAGUAGCCCCUUACCCAUGUCCCAGAAGUAACCCCAAUAAACUCAUUAGUUCACCAAGCUAGACUUGGAUGAUACUAUUACUUUGGUCU